AUGGACUCCACAAGGAGCUCCCUUCGUCGCGAUGCCUUCUCCAAGAUCGCGGCGCUCGCGGUGCAACCCUCCACUCCCACGUCUGGACAUGACGACCUUCGAAGAUUGACUGAAGCGCUCCCAACCCUGCACCCGCAGUCCAAUGGCUAUCUGGAUGGCGUUUUCCGUGCCAUCGCCCCGACGUCCCGCGUGCCUAUGAGCUUUCGAGAGCUGGACCUUCUCCUAGCCUUGUGCUCGAGCGCCUCUAAGAUCAAGAAGGUGGAAGAUGCGACAAAGCUCUCAUCCCAGCUCGCAACUUAUCUGCCGGAGGUACAUACACAGCUGUUCUCACCCUCACCGUACCUACCGGAUAUAAAACCAACACCAUGGACGGUCUUGACCACUCAGUUGACACUGGCAAUACUCGUCCUUGGAAAGCGGUUUCCCGAAGUGAAGACGAUCGUGUCGGACAGCAUUCAGUUAUACGUCAGUAAUUGGACAGCCUCCGCCGGUGCUCUGGCUUCACAAAGCAGCGCUGCCGAAGACGAUGAGGUGGAGCACGAGGCACAGGGCAUUGCUGCUUUGACCGUAUCCUUGGUAGGGUUCCUCGAAGCGGUUGCACAACAUGAAGACUUUUGGGAUCCAUUCGAGCGCGUGCAGCUUAUCCGAACAAUCAAAGAUGCCUUAACGGAUGGAUUUAUGAUCGCAGCCGAGAAAGCGACAUCGGCAAUUCGUCAUUCAGCCUCCGACGGCCUUUCCACACGCAAUUGGAAAAAGUACUUGAAACGUUAUGCCGCAGCUGGCAAUCCUAUUGGUGCCAUGCUCCUGCAGAAAGGCUUCAUGCACCUGGUCUUGUCAUGUACUGCGCGCUUCGUUGAUGCUAACGCCGACGAUGGCCACGUACGACUCGAUCAGCACCUUCGAAAAGCGCAUAUGCACCGUAGCGAGGAUUCAAGUAUCACCGAUGAUAUGAUAGAAUAUAUUGUCGAGCUCAUCAGUGAGCAGAUGCGGGUUCUCGAAGACGGCUCGGACUAUCUGCAAUUGAGUUCCUCCUGGCAGCAGAGGUUGGCAUUCUCAGUCAAAGCGUACGCAAUCGAAACAUACAUCCAUUGUAUGGUGCUGGAGGAGGACAUUGCUGAUGCCGAGGAUCUCAUCGGCUGGCUGGAAGACGCCAUUUCAAACACAAUACAGAUGGCUGACGAGGACCUUGCUGCGGUUGCCCUCAGCGGCCUGGCUGUCGCAGCCAGGUACACGCCAGAAUCGGCACCGAGUAUAGCACGAACAUUGCUACGUUUUAUUGUUCGAGGAACCUCUGUGCCAAGAGCAGUAGCGCAUGCAUCUCAGAGCCUAUCUCAUGUCCUUCGCAUGCUUUCACAAGAUACAGUUAUCACCACACUAUACUCACUUGGCAAUAUCCUGAGCUCGCAACCAGGGGGGGAUAAACUUCAACAUCCACUGUCUCCAUCACCCGAUAACCAUCAGCAAAACGGCUCGCUGGGGUCACGCGGAAAACGCCGAACCGCAAGUGUAUUCUCUCUUUCUAUGAGCGGCGAUGAGGAAACCUCUGUCAUUUGUGGCAACGUCGCGCACGCGAUCGUGGUAGUUGCGACCAGCUGUAAUGACAGCAGAGUCACAGCUCUUGCACAAACGGUAAUGCUCCAAAAAAUUGGCCGCAUCAGUAUUGUGGUUGAUGCUCGCAUCGUCGAAGAGAGCGCGGCUUUGGCCGUAUAUGGCAAAGAGAGCGAGUUCAGAGCACUGAUGAGGCUUCAUUCGCGACUUCAUCAAGAAGCCGUCCAGCAGGACAAUCAGGUCAUUUUCGAGGCAGUACGGAAGGCCCGUCAGUAUCUUGCUCUAAACCUGGACAGCCAUUCUACUCUGCUCCGAAUUUUUGCACAGCACCUUCUCGAACGCAUUCUCAGCAAAGGUGAUGUCGUCGAAGGCGAAUUCAAGCAUUCUGCAGAAGUAGAGCAGGCCGCAAAUGAGAUUGGCCCCCUUCUCAAACCUCUCUCGAUUCUUGCGGUCCGGAGAGCUCCGUUAGGUGGUCCUGGAUCGCUAGCCGAAGACAACGAGCUCUCGGCGAUGGUUCGCGAAGCUUGGUUCAACAUAGCCGUUCACGGAAUCACCUUGCAGUCCCGUCUCGGCCAGCAAUAUUAUCAGGAACUUCGACUGUUGGCGAAACAUUCCCAGCCUUUGGCUGACCGAGACAGGCUGGAACUUUUGGAAUCUGAUGUGGAGUUGAACACAAUCUUACGACGUGGAAUGAGUCCCCAGCAUACGGCCGACCAGAAACGUACCUUGGCGAGCAUCGUGCCUGAAAAAGAAUCUGAGGUUCGCGGCUUGUCCUAUCAGAAAGUCGUAUUUCUGAACGCGGUCUAUCUUGUUGAGAGUCUGCGAGCAGUGUCCGGAGACUGUUCCGAUGUUCUCCAAUAUUUCGCCGACCCAACAUUGCUAACGAGUAAUAUGGGUCGAUGCCUGACGACCAUUGCCGACAGCAUCGUGAAGCGGUACAUUCAAAAGGUGAUUCCUGGCCAAGAAGAUGUCUUCAGCGCACCGUACGUGUCCCGACAGCUGGUCAAAAUGUUCAGUGGAUGUUGCCACUGGAGCAAGAAAAUGCAAGAAGUUGCUCGUGCUGCAGCCGAUCAAAUCAUCAACUCUGCCCCGUCGGCUCUUGUUCAGAAAGCGGCACUAUUUGGACUACUCGAAUUACUCACCCUUAUGUGGUCUAGCUGCCUAGAGGAAGACAUCGAUGAGUAUGAGUGGAGAUCCACCUUCACGUCUCGCCGUGGUAAGAUCACGGUGGAGCUCUCUGACGAUUAUCCCUUCAGGAAGGCCACGCUGAACCGGUUGUAUGGCGAUGCUCGAAGAUGGGUCGAGACAGCGUUGGCGAUUGCUCCACUUGACAUUAAAGGACUGCUUCAAACGUAUCUGUCAGAGUUUGACGACACCGGGGCGUACGGCCACGUAUCGCUAGGCAGAUCUUUUGCUUUGGAAAUGGGCGCAGCCAUACCACCCCUGGACCAGCGCCUCGGAGCUAUUGACAGAAAGGGCGAAGCAGUGAGCAUUAAUGUCGCCUCGGACUUCAUCGCGCAGUAUACCACGCGACAGGAAUACAGAUUUGCUGGCAUCCCUGAGCACGGCCGAGAAGAUGUUAGAGCAGAUAUCAUCGGUGUCCGAGAUGGCGUUUCCUCCGCCAGCAGGUCGAUUCUAGAAGUGACAAGGGAUGCCGAAGAGCUACUUGGGAAGAUUCGGUCUGGUGAGCAACAGCAUCUGUCCGUCGCCGAAUUCAGGGAUGUGCUUCGCCGGGCUGCAGCUGUUCUGUGUACCAGUAAAAGAUCACAGACUGCAAUCGUUCAUCAUCUCGUGGCAAUUCCAUUCGAAAUUUUCACCAAAGACUCGAUCAAACUUGGCAUAUCUCUCUGGCUGGGUGUCAUCCAUGAGAAUCCCAGAAUGGAACCUCGAAUUCUCACCGAAGUCGCCCAAGCAUGGGAAAGAACCAUCGACCGGAAGAUCGGCAUCUUCAACAGUACAUUUGGCCAUCUUGAUCCCUUUUACGUCAAAGAGGAAUUUGCUCCGAGUGAUAAAGCGACCUUGCAGAGAUAUGUCCAGCUCGCACAGAACACAAUCUCGCCUCAUCUACGGAUAGUUCAAUUCUUUCAGAGCCACUUCAACGCGAUCCGCCUUGGGAGCUCAAAUACGCAGCGAACCUUCAUCCGGAUGAUGGUUCGAACUCUCAGAGGCUUCUUGCAUGUUCGAGGCCACCCCCUGUUGCGUGAAACACAGUUCCAAGUGGUUCUAUUUGCUCUGCGCCUGCUAAGAUUUAGCACCUGUUUCAGCAAGCUAUCACUUUGGACAUUCAAGGAUACAGUCAUAUCUGUUGGCUUGCACUGGUUCAGAUUGCCACCAGCCUGGUCCUAUGGAGGUAAUCGUCUGCAGAUGAAAGCAGAAAUCCAGAUUAUGCGCGGUGUACAGCAUCUACUUCAGCAAACGCGUCACAUCGGCAACACUACGUCGCCGAACCGUAAGGAUCAAUCUCCGAAGCUGCAGCUUUUUGAGCUUCUUCUCGAUAAUGAAAUCACUCGCUUGAACGUGUGGCUGUCCCCACUAAAGAACGAAGGAUCCCAUCCCAACAUCCAAGCGGCGGCGCAGACACAGGGCGCCGGCUUAGCGCGCACUGCUUGGACAGAAGAUCCGGCUUUGGCAAUUCAGCUGAUGACAAGAUUUGCCAACGAAGGCCUGCAUCGCGAUGUUAGGUUCUUGCUUCUGAACUUCCCCGACAAGGCGAUCGGUGAGGCCAACGCCCUUGACUCAUUGCUUGGGGACAAGUUACCGAACGAUAUAUCUUUCCAGUUGAAAUAUCUGCUGUACUGGAGCCCUGUCAAUCCGGUGCAGGCUGUCACUUAUUUCAUGCCCGCUUAUGGCAAUCAUCCGUUCGUGCUGCAGUACGCGAUGCGAGCACUUGAAAGCCAUGCAGUGGAUGUCACCUUCUUCUACGUGCCACAGAUAGUUCAAUGUCUACGAUAUGAUGCUUUGGGUUACGUGGCAAGAUAUAUCGUGGAGACGGGUAAGUCUUCUCAGCUCUUCGCCCAUCAAAUCAUCUGGAACAUCAAAGCGAAUGCCUACAAAGACGAUGAUGCUACAAUUCCGGAUGCCAUCAAGCCAACCCUGGAUCAGGUUAUGGACAGCCUGAUUGCAAGCUUUACAGGCGAGGACAAGGCGUUCUACGAGCGUGAGUUCGCAUUUUUUGGCGAGGUCACCGACAUUUCUGGCAAGCUUAAGCCUUUCAUCAAAAAGUCCAAACCUGAGAAGAAGGCAAAGAUUGAGGAAGAGCUGCGCAAAAUCAAGGUCGAAGUUGGAGUAUACUUGCCUAGCAAUCCGGAUGGAGUUGUUGUCGGCAUCGACCGUAAAUCGGGGAAACCUCUGCAAUCCCACGCAAAAGCGCCCUACAUGGCGACGUUCCGAAUCCGCAAGCAGCGACAAGAUCUACCAGGCGAUCCGCUACCAGCAAUUGAGAGUCCAGUGAGACGCCCAGCGGAGCGUCCAGGCCAUGAGCGUUCGGCGUCUACAAUGUCGGCGCCAACAAUUCAGGAUCCUAAUUCUUCUACUUACGAGAUCUGGCAAAGUGCCAUUUUCAAAGUGGGAGAUGACUGCAGACAGGACAUCCUUGCUUUGCAGAUGAUUGCUGCUUUUCGUGGUAUCUUCAACUCCGUCGGACUUGAUGUCUACGUGUUUCCCUACCGUGUCACUGCCACAGCACCUGGGUGCGGAGUAAUCGAUGUUCUCCCAAAUUCUAUCAGUCGAGAUAUGCUGGGUCGCGAGGCCGUCAAUGGGCUGCAUGACUACUUCAUUACCAAGUACGGAGGCGAGCAUUCCAUACGCUAUCAGGAGGCCCGCAGUGAAUUUGUCAAGAGCAUGGCAGCCUACUCUGUUAUCAGCUACCUGAUGCAAUUCAAAGACCGUCACAACGGCAACAUCAUGGUUGAUGAUAAAGGUCAUAUUCUGCAUAUCGACUUUGGAUUCUGCUUCGAUAUUUCCCCCGGAGGUGUUCGCUUCGAGAGAGCGCCGUUCAAAUUGACCGAGGAAAUGAUGGCCGUGUUGGGUGGCGAUGACAAUUCGCAGUCAUACCGUUGGUUCGAGGAGCUCACGAUCAAGGCUUUCCUCUGCAGUCGGCAGUACUGCAAGAAGCUGUGCGAUAUUGUUAGCCUCAUGCUGGACUCGGGCCUGCCAUGCUUCAAGCCUGAGACUAUGAAGAACUUCCGCGAUCGAUUCGUGCUGGAGAAGACGGAUCGCGAAGCUGCUCACUUCAUGUUGAACUGUAUCAAAAAGAGCGAGGGCAAUGUCUCGACCAAAGUGUAUGAUGAGUUUCAGCUGCUGACCAACGGCAUCCCCUACUAG